GCGAAUCGGUGUCUCCCUUCGCUUUUUGCUGAUUGCUCGCGCGUGAUCAGCGAUUCUCUCGCGCAAGACCCAGCGAGGUGGGGCAUCGAGAACCGCGCCCAGCUGCACCAGUGGCAGCUCUGGCUCUUCCUGGAACACGGUGCAGAAGCGCAGCAGUAUCUUCUCUCCGACUCCCAGCGCCAGCUUUGCUGUGACGCCAUGCAAGCCCAAGGCACGCAAGUGAAGAUCUCCGAGUUGCAACGCUCCGUCGCGGAUUCCCUCGCCUCCAUCCAGCCCGGCCUCGAGGAGGAGCAUCUCGAGCCGUGCACCGGAUACUCGCUCGACUUGGCGCUUCCCUCCUCACGCAUCGCGAUCGAGGUUGACGGCCCGUCUCACUUCCUGCGGCCAGACAGCCAAGGUGUGCGCGCGCCCAGCGGCACAACGAUGCUCAAGCGGCGGCUCCUCGCGGCUGCUGGCUGGCGGGUGAUCAGCGUUCCAUUCUACGACUGGGAUCGCUUGAACACGGCCGAUGAGCGUCAAGCCUACUUGGAGCGAGCGGUCGGCCCCCCGUGCGCGGCAGCUCCACAGGCAUCGCCAGGAGGAUAUACCUCGCUCCCCAGCUGCAGCAGCCCCUUGCCAGCCCGGUCCAGCAGCCCGAACGCUAGCCGCGCACAAGGGCCGGACUACGAAGCUGACAGCUGCGGCAGCCCCAGCGGCAGCCCCAGCCCCCAGCAUGAAGAGGGAUGGACCUCCCUCGCGGCCGGUGCCUCUUCAAUGGAGCUGAGCCUCGAGGUGCGGAGCGAGGUGGAGCGGUACGCGCUGACCGAAGGCCGCCUGAGGAGGCUCGUGGAGGAGCGAGGGAAGGUCUUUAGCGCCACAGUGGCCAGCACGGUCGUCGACAGGCUUUGCGGAUUCAUCGUGGCCGCCAAAGGCAUGAGCGGCACGGCGCACUACGCGCUGCAAGCGACUACAGAGGUCUCGGCUGAGGAGGCACGCGCCAACGUCAGGACUCUGCACAAAAACUUGGAGAAACAGGUGCAGAGGCGGCAGCGGCAGUGGAGUUGAGUGAGGUGUGCCAUGGUCUGUCGGGAGAAGAAAAGUGUUUGGAAAAGGCUACAAGAAAAAGAAAAA